AUGUCUCAAAAGAAUACUGUUUCUGCAAACUUGCAUAUGCUAUUCACAAGUGUCCCUUUUAUGGAUAGGUAAAUUUGUUAAAAAUACUUGUCAACCAAAUAUUUUGGGAUUUUAGAUAUCGAUUGGCUGCUGAAGCUGGAUUUCGAUAUGUCGAAGUUCCAUUUCCUUAUCAAUUUGAUGUUUUGGAACUAAAAGCGCAAGCGGAUAAAUAUCAUUUGAAACAUUCGUUGAUUAAUGGCCCAACAGGUAAUAUUGGUACUCGUGAACUAAUUACGGUUUGCAAAAAAACUGUUAUAAAAUUUCUGAUAUUUCAAAUAUUAAAAUUAAAUUAACUGCUAAAUGUGGUUUUUAGGAAAAAAUUCAGAGGUUUCCUAGCUAAAAUUUCAGAAAAAACAACGUUACUUACAGGAAUUUUCCAGAAGCUCUACAGUAAUCCGACUCAUAUUUUGAGCAUCAUUUUCGUAGACUAAUUCUGGACUAGCUUCGAGAAAUGAUUCUUCUGUGAAUAAAAAUGAUCGAUUAGAUAAGACACGUGAAACACGUGGACAAUUAAUUCGAAAAUGUUUUUAUUUUCACUUUUUUAGGAGAUUGGGAUGCUGGAUUCCGUGGUGAAUGCUGUUUGAAAUCUCAAAAAGAUCAAUUCCGAAAAUCAGUUGAACUCGCAAUUUUGUAUGCAAAUACCCUCGAAUGUCCUCGUGUUCAUAUUGUUGGAGGUCUUCCAGUUCUUCAAGAUGACAUUGAACACGCCGAAGAAACAUAUUUGGAAAACCUGAAAUAUGCUGCUGACGAGUUAGCUAAACACAAUAUUUUAUGUUUGAUUGAACCUGCAAGUCCUCUCAGAUUUCCUGGAAUAUUUUUGAAUAAUUUUGAUCAGGCAAAAAGAUAUGUUGAAAUGCUCAAUUGUUCGAAUUUGAAAAUUCUAUUUGUGAGUUUUGGAAGGGAUUGAGAGAGAAAAAAGGUUGCUGUUAUUUCAGGAUUAUUUCCACGCUCAACAAAUUUGUGGACAACUUACACAUACAUUGGCAACACUUGCUGGAUUAGUUGGUAAAUUUUUUGAGAAUUUAGGAUUUAGGCAGAUUAGAGAUAUUGUGGCAGUUCUAUUCAUCAAACCCAAUUUAAAAAACUUUUGAAUCGGUUCAUUCCUAGGUCGUUGAAAUUCCUAAUCUUUUAAAAAUCUUUCAGGCUACGUUCAAGUUGGUCAAGUUCCACACCGAGGAGAUUGUUCAACACCGGGGGAAAUCGAUUAUACUUUUGUUUUUAGUGAAUUACAAAAACAUGAUCCUGAAUUAAUUGUUGGAUUGGAAUAUUUGGAUGAUUAUCCAACUUUUGGCUGGCUUUCCAGAAUGAACUUGCAGUUUUAA